UAUGUGCCCAUUCAACUCAGCAAAUUCUUCUCAUUCGCACACUAGACCUUGAAGGUAGGGAUACUUGCAAGCGUCUGGUAAAGAAAAGUUCUCGGAUGAGGGUGUAAAAGCCGGAAAAGGUUACAUUUCAGUGCUGGUUCAAUCUGCCGGAUGACACUCCAACCAGAGGGAACAUUGUACAGCUACAAUUGGUUCUUGCUGAAACAAAAACGUGUGUGGCAUUUGACCGCGUAGAGUUUUCCAGUGAAUAGAAGUGAGAAAGAUUUCUGUUUGUGUCGUAUAUAAUUCUGUUCUGGAUAAUUCCGACAACGCAUCAUCUCAUAACAACACAGUGAAGCCGUUUCGCACGCUUCGAACCCCUACGCUUCGAAGCCUACCGUGUAGACAACAAUAUUCUUCCUGGUAACGCGAAGAAAAUUAUCGCAUUUGCUGCUUGGAAGAAACGCAAAAACCAUGGCUGAUAUAAGGGCAGCAUUUGCUAAACAGCAAAAUGGCGCACCGGUUACGGCGAGCCCGAAAAUCGGUGGUAAAUCUAUCGAAAAGAUUUACCAGAAAAAAUCGCAAUUGGAACAUAUCCUGCUACGGCCGGACACGUACAUCGGUUCGGUCGAGAUGGUUAAGGAACCGAUGUGGGUGUUCGACAAGGAGGAGAAGAAGAUGGUUCAGCGUGAGAUCACGUACGUGCCGGGUUUGUACAAGAUCUUUGACGAGAUUCUUGUGAACGCGGCUGACAACAAACAGCGCGAUCCGAAGAUGAGCACCAUCAAGGUGGAGAUCAAUCAGGAAACGAAUACGAUCUCGAUUUGGAACGAUGGCCACGGCAUCCCGGUGGUGAUGCACAAGGAGGAGAAAAUGUUCGUACCGACGAUGAUCUUUGGCCAUCUGCUGACGUCCUCGAAUUACAACGAUGAGGAGGAAAAGGUUACCGGUGGCCGUAACGGGUACGGAGCUAAGCUGUGCAACAUUUUCAGCACCAAGUUCACGGUCGAGACGGCUUCGAAGCAGUACAAGAAAUGCUUCAAACAGUCCUGGGCCGACAACAUGUCGAAAGCUACGGAGCCGAAAAUUAAGGAAGACUUCUUCGGCGAUGACUACACGAAGAUUACCUUCUCACCCGAUCUGACCAAGUUUAAGAUGGAAAAGCUGGAUGACGAUGUCGUCGGUUUGUUGUCGCGCCGUGCCUACGACGUGGCUGCUUCGACUCGCGGCGUUACGGUUUUCCUGAACGGCCAGCGUGUGCCUGUUAAAACGUUCAAGGACUACGUCGAUCUGUUCCUGAAGGAUGCAACUGACGAAAUGGGCGGGCAGGUUAAGGUUUGCUACGAAUCCGUCAAUGAUCGCUGGGAGGUAGCGGUAGCGAUUUCGGAGCGAGGUUUCCAACAAGUAUCGUUCGUCAAUUCGAUUGCCACGACAAAGGGUGGACGGCAUGUGGACUACGUUGCGGACAUGGUCGUGAAGCAGCUGACGGAGGUGCUGAAGAAGAAGAACAAGGGCGGCGUAACGAUCAAACCAUUCCAGGUGAAGAACCACAUGUGGGUCUUCAUCAACUGCCUGAUCGUGAAUCCUACGUUCGACUCGCAGACCAAAGAAAACAUGACACUACAGUCGAAGAGCUUUGGAUCGAAGUGUGCGCUGUCGGAGAAGUUUAUAACCGCGGUAUCAAAGAGUGGAAUCGUCGAGUCCGUGCUGCAGUGGGCCAAAUUCAAGGCGCAGACUGAUCUGGCCAAAACUUCCGGUUCGAAAAAGUCCAAGAUAAAGGGCGUCCCGAAGCUGGAAGACGCUAACGAUGCUGGUACGCGCAAUUCGCUAAACUGUACACUCAUUCUUACCGAGGGAGAUUCGGCCAAAACGUUGGCCGUUUCCGGUUUGGGGGUGGUAGGUCGUGAUACGUACGGAGUGUUUCCGCUGCGCGGUAAACUGUUAAAUGUACGCGAGGCCACUCACAAGCAGAUUUUGGAGAAUGCUGAAAUUAACAAUCUGAUCAAGAUUCUUGGCCUGCAGUACAAGAAGAAGUAUCUUACGACUGACGAUUUGAAGACGCUACGCUACGGAAAGGUGAUGAUUAUGACAGAUCAGGAUCAGGACGGUUCUCACAUUAAGGGUUUGUUGAUUAACUUUAUACACACCAACUGGCCAGAGCUGUUGCGCUUACCGUUCCUCGAGGAGUUCAUUACGCCCAUCGUAAAGGCAACGAAGAAGAAUGGCGAAGAGCUGUCCUUCUUCUCGCUGCCCGAGUUUGAAGAAUGGAAAGCGGAAACGAAUAACUCGCACACGUACAACAUCAAGUACUACAAGGGUUUGGGUACGUCUACCUCGAAGGAGGCAAAGGAGUACUUCCAAAACAUGGAGCGUCAUCGGAUUCUGUUCCGCUACGAAGAUACCGGAGACGACGAAGCGAUUCUGUUGGCCUUCUCCAAGAAGGCAAUCGAGCAACGUAAAGAUUGGCUGACGGCACAUAUGGAAGAGUGCCGCCAUCGCAAGCAGGUCGGGUUGCAGGAGCGCUAUCUCUACACUAAAUCGACGAAACAGAUCAGCUACAAGGACUUUGUCAAUCUCGAGCUGGUCCUGUUCUCUAACUCGGACAAUGUUCGUUCGAUUCCGUGCAUGCUGGACGGUUUGAAACCUGGUCAACGGAAGGUGCUAUUCACCUGCUUCAAGCGUGACGACAAGCGUGAGGUGAAGGUGGCGCAGUUGGCAGGUUCGGUCGCGGAGAAAUCCGCUUACCAUCAUGGUGAGCAAUCGCUUUGCUCGACGAUCGUAAAUUUGGCACAGAACUACGUCGGAAGCAAUAACAUCAAUCUGCUCUAUCCUGGCGGUCAGUUUGGUACGCGCUUGACGGGCGGAAAGGAUAGCGCCAGCCCCAGGUAUAUCUUCACGAUGUUGUCGUCGCUGACGCGCUGCAUUUUCCAUCCGCUCGACGAUCCUCUGUUGGAUUAUCAGCUCGACGACAAUCAGCGCAUUGAACCUUUGUGGUAUCUGCCGAUAAUACCGAUGCUGUUGAUCAACGGUGCAGAUGGUAUUGGUACCGGAUGGGCCACGAAAAUUCCGAACCAUAAUCCGCGCGACGUAAUUGCUAACAUUCGCCGAAUAUUGAACGGUCAAGAGCCGAAACUGCUGACACCGUGGUACAAAAAUUUCCGCGGUGUCAUCGAAGCGGCCGGUCCACAGAGGUACAUCACUGCCGGCAAUGUUGGGCUGCUGGAUAAUCAGAAGAUUGAAAUUUCAGAACUUCCUAUUGGUACAUGGACACAAACGUACAAGGAGAACGUGCUGGAACCACUGCUGCACGGUUCCGACAAGCAGAAGGCAAUCAUUUCGGAUUACAAAGAGUACAACACGGACACUACGGUGCGGUUCGUCGUCUCGUUCCUGCCGGGCGAGUACGCGAAUCUCUAUGGAGAGGAAGGAGGUUUCCAUCGGGUGUUCAAGCUGACCAGCUCCAUCUCCACUUCCACGAUGAACGCAUUCGACGAUAAAACCUAUCUUAAGCGGUAUGCUCAUGCGAACGAAAUCUUCAUGGAGUUCUACACAAUCCGGCUGGAGUACUAUGGCAAGCGUCGAACGUAUCUGCUCGGUAUGCUGCAAGCUGAGGCGGACAGUCUCUCGGAUAAGGCACGGUUCAUUAUGGAGAAGUGUAACGGAACGCUGGUGGUGGAAAACAAGAAGCGCAAGGCAUUGAUCGAUGAACUGAUCAAGCGUGGCUACCGGGCCGAUCCGAUCCAGGAGUGGAAACGUCGCGUAAAAACGAAUGAUGAGGACCAGGAGGAGGAAGGCGAGGGUGAGGAGGAAGAAGAGCAGGAAGAUGUGAAGCCGGGCAAAUCGUCAGCCAAGGGUGCGAAGGGACCGGUCGAUCCGGAGAAAGCCUUCCAGAAGCUAACCGAUGUGAAGAAGUUCAACUAUCUACUCGGCAUGUCCAUGUGGAUGCUGACGGAAGAACGUAAGAACGAAAUUCUCAAGCAGCGCGAUCUGAAACUGGCUGAACUGAAGUCGCUCGAGGCGAAGACACCCGAGGUGUUGUGGAUCGAUGAUCUGGAUGUGCUUAGCCGCAAGCUAGACGAGUUUGAAGAGAAGGAACGUCUCGAUGCUCUCAGCACAGAAAAGAAACUGAAGGGUGCGGUAAGCAAGGGCACCACCUCCGGAGGACGCAAAAUGAGCGUGGGCCGGAAAGUAGCUAUCGACGACACAAAACCAAGCAAUGAGGCGGAAGAGGUGAAGUUCCGCUUAUCGGAGGAUAUGAUAAAAAAGUUCGAGAAGGCGACCGCCGGCAAGGUGAAGAAGGAGAAAAAGGAACCGGGCGAAAACGGGGACGAUGGCGGCGAGGGUGAGAUUGAUGAGUUCGAUGCACUGGUGGAAGGUGGUGGUGCUGUUGCUGGUGAUAAACCAAAGCCAAAACCGCGCGUCAAGAAGGAACCGAAGGAACCGAAGGAACCGAAGGAACCGAAAGCUCCAAAAGCACCGAGAGCGCCACGGGUAAAGAAGGAGAAGGGAUCGCCGGGUGACAAGGUUCCGAAAAAAGGUGGACGGAAAAAGAAGGUUGCAUCGUCGGAUGAAGAAGGUGCUUUUAACUCCGACGUGAGUGACGAUGACUUCACCUCAACGCUGAAAGUUCCGACGCGUGAAAAAACUGGACGUCGUGCAGCAGCGUCCAAGAAGGUCAACUACUCGCUGAUGAACGACGGUGAGGAAGUCGAUGAUGAAAAGUUCAACGAUUCGGAUGACGAAAUGUUCGACAAUAAUCCGGUAACUCGUCCGAAUGCUGCUGCCGGUGACAGCGAUGUGGAGGAAGUGCAGGCAGCAGCCGGUUCCAAUGUGAUCGAUCUCGAGGACAACGAUUUGUCCCCGAUUAAGAAACCGGGACCAGUGAAAAAGCGUACCCUUGGCCCGAAAAUGACCGAAACAAAGGCAACGGGUGCUAAGCGUAGUAGGAAGAUCGCGGACAGCAGUAGCGAAGCGGGUAAAGCUGUUAAGAAACCGAGAAAGGUCGUGGACAGCUCGGAGGACGAAGAUUCUCCUCCGAUGGAUGACGACGAUGAUUCGGACUAUUAAACAGUGAGCAUUAUUUUUACGGGAAAAUAACUUGGAAGCAAGGCAGGAGAAUUUGUAGAAUUAAUUUGUUCAGUAACAGAGCGUUGACAAGUUUAUAUUUUAAUUUAAAAACAAAUCUACACGAAAUAGUUACACGGAUCGAGCAGAGCAAAAGAAAUUAUGGAGCAACAAUAAUGAAAUAGUUAUAACCAGCAUCAACCUACACAGCUCCAGGUGGAAACGUAGUACUGUAUUUGAGUUAUAUCACAUGGUAGAAGUAUUAAAGCGAAAAGAAGCUUGGAGGUGCGAAUUUGGCGUGUUCUCUGUGUAUCGUAUAUAAUGUAUCUCUAGAUUGACAGACUUAGCAGGAUAAGGAGUAAGCAACAGAACACUAGAACGAGUGGCACUUAAAUUCAUUCGAUUUCUGUUAGUUUUUUUAAGUAAUAUCAACCCACAACGCACAAUCGCAGCUCCCGCGUGAGCUUUUUCCUGCUACACGACUCCGGCAAAGCUCGGCGAUCGGUUACAGUAAAUAGGAUUGUAACAGGCAAACGGUAUCAACUCACAAAUGAAGAUAACAAAUAUAUCCAAUGGAAUGAUUGAAUGCAAAUUAGGAAGCAAAAUAUAUGACACUACUAAUAGCUGAAAAGGAGAAAAGGUGUGUUUUGCUUCGUGGAUGCAAUAGUGGUUAGGGCGUGCAACGAUCGAGCGUUGAGCGAGAAUUUGUAGUACUUUACUCUAGACAUUUAAACAAUACAUUACCGUAAGAGCAUAAAUAACUAUGUAGCAUCAGGAUCACACAUCUGUCCCACUUACUGUCACAGCAUAAAAGAGAGAAUGUAAUGAAAGGAUCAUGUUUAAUAGCAUGGUUUAUUAUCGGUCUACUAUCAGAAUGAUCUGAACAAAACAUUUUUGUAUGUGAUUAACCAUUUGCUGUUUCAUCCUUCGAUACGUCCUGUUCGAUUUUUCUGUUUCUACUCAAUUACACAAAAUAAAUACUGUAGAUACUUUGUAUAUAUUUA